AAACUUUGGAAGAAAUGGGAACAUUAUCAUUGACUGAUUUUGAGGCGGUGAAGAUUCCAGUGCCUUGGGGUCACAUCUCAGGUCGUUGGUACGGCAAUCGAAAGGAGCGACCCAUCCUGGCAAUCCACGGAUGGUUGGAUAACCUGGGAACCUUUGAUCGACUGAUUCCCCUGCUUCCCGACUACGUAGGAGUACUCUGCAUCGAUCUGCCAGGACAUGGAAGAUCCUCGCACCUUCAGCCGGGAAUGUACUACAGUGUCUACGAUUAUGUGUUCAUAAUUCCACUGGUGAUGAAGGAGUACGGCUGGUCAAAGGUCUCAUUGAUAGGUCACUCAUUGGGCGGAGUGCUGUGCUUCGUUUACGCCUCACUGGCUCCUCACACCGUGGAUAUGAUAGUCUCCUUGGAUAUUUUACUACCGUUAAGAAACGAUAUAGACUAUAUGGCCUUGAGCAUUGAGAAGCAACUUUUGGAUGUUGAGCGGCAGAAGCAGGGAAAUUACAAUGAGCCACCCUCCUACACUCACGAUCAGCUGGGAAAAGUCCUGGCCAAAGGAAGCUAUAAUUCCGUAUCGCCCAAACUGGCUAAGCACCUCCUCCACCGUCAGUUAACCAAGUCCAAAUUAUAUCCAGAGAGGUUCUACUUCUCCAGGGAUAUUCGGGUUAAGUACUACCACUAUAUGGAUAUAGACGAUGGUCUUGGCGCUGAAAUGGCGAGGCAGAUUCGCAAGAAACCCUACUUGAUCAUCAAGGGCUCCCUGUCGCCGUAUCUUUCGCCCCGCAGCAAUGAGGCCAUAUCCAUUUUGGCCCAGGAUAAUCCACACUUUGAGUUCUACGAGGUGGAGGGGGGCACCCACCAUCUUCAUCUUCAUGCUGCCGAGGAAUGUGCCAGUUAUAUUGUGCCCUUUAUCCAGCAUCAUCGACCUCCUGCCUUAACUUCCUGGACUUUAAACGGAAAAGAGGAAAACCUUGGUUUGAGAAAUCGAAGGGGAUUCUUUAAUUGGUCUAAGAAAAAGCGCAGCAAGUUGUGAAAUACAGAUAGUACAAAGUCUAGUUCAGUUUAGAAAUAUAACUUGUGUAUUCCAUAUCUUUUAAAUGAAUAUUAAAAAUUAUUUUAAUAUAUUUAUAAGAACUGUAUUUUUUUUUGAAGAUUUUUCGAGUA